GCGCAUGCGCAGUGGAGAUGUUCUCAACUACGUUUAAGUUUUUGUGGAGCUGCAUUAAAACAGUGCAAAACCAGUAAAAGUUUUCCGUCUAUAUAAAAAUGAAUACCGUCAGUGUUUAGGGAUGUCUUGCUGAAACACGACAUCCUUUUAACCGGCUCCAAGCUCCAGCCAUUUAAGCGACUGGACAGGAUUUGCGUGAUGUUUAUUGACUAUUGUUGGGGAUCUAGAUGAAAGGUUGCUUUACAUGGAUCAAGGCUCUUCUGGAAAAAUGAAUUAUUUUUAAGGGUUAUUGCCUUACUGAUGCAAAGAAUUACUAGUAGUAGCAAUGGCAGAUGAUAUUCUCUACAAUAGAAGUUUGGAACCGAGUUCCCAACUUGCUUCUUAUGAUUCCUCCAACUCUCAAACCGAAGCUUUAGCCCAGGAUGCACUUUGGGUUCCUGAUGGCUUGGAUUACUCGACUAACCCUCCUGAAUCCACAAAUAUGAACAGUGAAAAUCUACAGACACCCGAGUUGGAGGAUCUGGAUUCCUAUAACCCAAUCGAGCCCCCACCACUAGACUGGAGGUCCGACUCCUCCAGUGAAGCCGGUUUGGCUGUAGAACUUGAAAGCUGUUCGGUGGGAGAUUUUGAGGCUCCUGGAUAUUUCAACACAGAGUUGACUGAGGAUACAAUGUCUGCAGUAAGUGAUUACGGAGCUCAAGACUCCAGCGAAGCUUCUGACAAAACUGAAGUGCUUUUGUCUCAAGAAAUGUGCGAGAACAAGCCUGAUAUUAGUGUUUUUCAAAAACAGGAUGAGCAACGAGAAAGAAAAGAGAAUUGCGCAGAGGAUAGAGAUAGAAAAUUGGAUAAUCAAGAUAUGAGGAAAGGGAAACAUGAAGAAGAAAGUACAAAACAUGAUAUUGACCAUUCACACAUUCAAAGUCUUCUCACUCAACUGCAUCUUUUUCAUCCAUCGACUCCUUUCGAUAAUCCCACCCACUGCACACCUGAUGACUCAGCCAAUCACGGCGCUCUGCAUAAUUCAGCGGAGGCCGCUGCUUCCUCCCAAGGGCUUGAGUUUGGUGUCCAAUCAGCGUGUGCAGCAGACAGGAACAACCCUGAAGCUUUGCUCUUUUCACAUGAGUAUCAGAAAGAUCUGCUGCAGCUGCUAGAGGACCCAGAGCCUGAGGAACCCAGAACUGGCCCUCUGUUCGUUCACACACCCCUGGUGACCCCUGAACAUCAGUCAGGUCUCAGAAGGCAGAGCAGUGAAGCAGAUGAGAUGAUCUCGAUAUCUCACAGCGAGGACGCUUGGCACAGACACCUGCAGGAUGAGCUGUUGGUCUCAGGAAUCACAGAGGAGGAUCAGUGGACGGCGUCUGAAGGCCUGACCGUGGAUCAGUCUGUCUCCCCAAAUACUGAUCUGGAAGCUGAGACACAGCCGGCUUAUAAGAAUGUGCCUGGACCAUGUGACCCCGAAGACCUCCUGGAUGGGGUGAUCUUUGGAGCUAAAUAUCUUGGAUCUACACAAUUACAGUCAGAGAAAAAUCCCUCCACCAACGCCCGGAUGGCCCAGGCACAGGAAGCUAUGGAUCGUAUCAAGGCACCUGAAGGAGAGUCUCAGCCUAUGACAGAGGUGGAUCUGUUCAUUUCCACACAGAGAAUCAAAGUACUGAGUGCUGACACACAGGAGGCCAUGAUGGACCAUGCUCUGCAGAUGAUUUCAUACAUCGCAGAUAUUGGGAACAUUGUAGUUUUGAUGGCCCGCAGGAAGCCAGCCAAUCGCAAAUCAGCAGACUCUGCGGCUAGCUCUGCAGCACCACCGAAGAAGUGCUGGAUGAUCUGCCACGUCUUUUCUUCAGAGGAUGCUCAGAUCAUUGCACAGGCCAUUGGUCAGGCUUUUGGUGUUGCAUACCAGCAGUUUCUGUACACUAACGGAAUUAAAGCUAGUGAUCUGAGGCCAGGCGAGUACAGCGAUUACCUCGGCACUCAGGAACUUUAUAACGGAGACCUGGUUCACUUUUCUCGCUCUGAAAACAUCAGAGAGGUGUGCAUAAUAAAAAAGGUAGGAGAGAUAUUAGGCGUUGCGAUUGUGGAGUCUGGCUGGGGCUCUAUCUUGCCGACAGUGGUGGUAGCCAACCUGCUGCACGGCGGCCCUGCGGAACGUUCCGGCGAGCUAAGCAUCGGAGAUCGCAUCAUGUCUGUUAAUGGCACCAGUAUGGUGGGCCUCCCCAUCGCCACCUGCCAAAGUAUCAUACGAGAUUUAAAGAACCUGUCGAUGAUAAAGCUCAGCAUCGUUCACUGUCCACCUGUCACAAUGGCGAUCAUUAAGCGUCCAGACCCCAAGUAUCAGCUGGGCUUCAGCGUGGAGGACGGGAUUAUUUGCAGUUUAAUGCGGGGCGGAAUAGCGGAGCGGGGCGGCAUUCGAGUCGGUCAUCGUAUCAUUGAGAUCAACGGACAGAGUGUCGUUGCUACACCUCACGAGAAGAUCAUCCACAUCCUGUCCAGUGCUGUAGGAGAGAUUCACCUGAAGACAAUGCCAACAUCAACCUACCGUCUCCUGACUGGCCUAGAUCAGCCCGUGUUCCUUUAGGAGGCGGAUCCCCUCAGGUUCUCUCGGUCACAUGCAAAUUUACCACUGAACACUUGACUGAAGUGUAGAGAAGUUCUUUUAUUUAAACUCUGUCCUUUAGCAGAUGCAUUAAAGCUGAACAGUGUAAAAUCUUAUAAAAGAUCAUGGACCUCCAUUUUAAAGCUGUUUUAGAGCUGAUUAUUUAACUGCUGGUUUGUAUGUGUACAUGUGUUUUUGCUCUUGCUGCUAAGCCAAGGUGCCUGAAGACAACGACUAUGCAUUAGAGUAGAAUCCACACUUAAAAUGAAUCUUAAAUGAUCUUGAGCCUUCCAUUUCAAGCUUCCAGCACUUCUGCAAUAUCUCAUUAUAAAUUUGAUGUUUUAAGGGUUUACAUGCUCUUUACAGAGCUCAAGACUUAGUGCCUGUAAAAAUGAAUGGACCUUGAUUAUGCCAGGGUUGUUUUUAGCUAUAUAUAGAGAGAGGUAUAUUUUAAUAACUGCUGUAUUGGAUGUUUAUUAAAGAUACAUAAAGACA